CAGAGAGUAAAGGCGGUAUACGAUCAGAACUUGCUCUUGCUAUUUUAUAAUUUAUUAUUAUGGGAAUUUCAAUAUUUAGAGUAAAUUUGUACUGUUUCGGUGCAUUGUAUGAAAGCAAAUAAAACUGCAAAAGGUCAAAAACAAUGUUGAGAUAUUAUAUUUCUAAAUAGGGAUUUGUUUAGAAUUAUAAUACGAACCUUUCAGCCUCCUGUCACCAAGUCAUAAACGAAAUCAAAAAGUUUUUUCAAAUAUUUUGCUAAGUAUAUUUGAGUUUGUGAUGUCAAAGUGUUGCUAAAUGUGUGCAGUUUCUUCAAAGAAAAUCAUUUGCUCCCUGAAACCAAUAUUUUCUUAUUGGUGAAGAAUAACUGGCAGCCUACACUUUGAAACCAUUUUGAAGGAGCAAGCCGGAAAGCUUUCUCACCAUGGCAGGCAAGCGUGCUGCUUCGGUUUUUGAAGAUUUAUCCAACGUAGAGUUCGAAACUAGUGAAGAUGUUGAAGUUAUCGAUAACUUCAAACAGAUGCAUCUCAAGGAGGAGCUCCUUAGGGGCAUAUUUGCAUAUGGUUUUGAGAAACCAUCAGCCAUCCAGCAGAGAGCAAUCAAACCCAUAAUGAAAGGCAGAGAUGUGAUUGCUCAAGCGCAGUCUGGUACAGGUAAAACAGCAACAUUUUCCAUCUCAAUUCUGCAGUCAUUGGACCUGACAGUGAGAGAAACACAAGUGCUCUGUCUUUCGCCUACAAGAGAAUUAGCAGUGCAGAUACAAAAAGUCGUUUUGGCAUUGGGGGAUUUCAUGAAUGUCCAGUGCCAUGCCUGCAUUGGCGGUACAAAUCUGGGUGAAGAUAUCAGAAAGUUGGAUUAUGGGCAGCAUGUUGUCAGUGGAACACCUGGUAGAGUGUAUGAUAUGAUCAGGAGAAGAGCACUCAGGACCAGGUCUGUCAAGAUGUUGGUAUUGGAUGAAGCAGAUGAGAUGCUGAACAAAGGAUUCAAAGAGCAGAUCUAUGAUGUAUACAGAUUCUUGCCACCAUCAACUCAAGUGGUACUGAUUUCUGCUACCUUACCUCAUGAGAUCUUGGAAAUCACAUCAAAAUUCAUGACAGAUCCCAUAAGAAUACUGGUGAAACGUGAUGAACUGACACUGGAAGGAAUAAAGCAGUUCUUUGUGGCAGUAGAAAGGGAAGAAUGGAAAUUUGACACCCUCUGUGAUCUCUAUGACACCCUGACCAUCACACAAGCUGUUAUUUUCUGCAAUACAAAACGUAAGGUUGACUGGUUAACUGAAAAGAUGCGAGAAAAUAACUUCACUGUCAGUGCUAUGCACGGUGACAUGCCGCAAAAGGAGAGAGAUAACAUCAUGAAAGAAUUCAGAUCUGGACAAAGCAGAGUUCUGAUCACAACAGACGUCUGGGCUCGUGGUAUUGACGUACAGCAAGUGAGUUUGGUCAUCAACUAUGAUCUGCCGAACAAUCGUGAACUGUAUAUCCAUAGAAUAGGCAGGUCGGGUCGAUUUGGACGUAAAGGUGUGGCUAUCAACUUCGUAAAGUCGGACGACAUCCGUAUUUUGAGGGAUAUUGAACAAUAUUAUUCGACGCAGAUUGAUGAAAUGCCCAUGAAUGUCGCUGAUUUGAUUUAAGGAUCUGUGCUUACAUAACAUAAUACAUACUGGGUAUUAUGAUUUGUCUCCGUUAAGAUUGGAGAAUUUUUUGUAAUGUAAUUUGACUCUUAUGUUGUAAGACUAUAUUAAACUCUAAGGAAGAUA